UUUGCCCAGAAGGGUUCUCCAUGGCAAGGAAACCAAGCCAUGGCCAGCACUCCUUCCGCUGAUUUCAACAAGGUUUUUGAUGUUCAGCUGUGUUUCCUCCCCACCCUGAUUCCCCACAGGGAGGAAAGGGCGGUGUGUGCCUGGGCAACACAAGGCACAACUUCUCCAACCAGCAAACAGUGUGGAAGUUUCAUUUCUGUUUGAAGAUAUUAUUUAAUGUUCUACAUGAACCUGUAGCUAGAUCAUAACGGACAACCCUGGGGAGUAACCUUCUUGCUUCUAUUUAUUUGUUAAAUACACCCAGCGGGAAUUCCAGCCCCGGUGUAUUUUGGAGUGGCCAUAGAUACCACUUGCCUGAAAUGGGGAAGCAAAAGAUGUGGAGGAAGAGGAGCAUGCAGACUCUAUGACUCCAGUGCACUCAGAUCACUCAGUAAAAAAAUCAACCAUGACAGUGGAAACGGAAUCCAGCAAUGUUGAUGAUUCGAAUCAGGAAGCAGAACCUGCCCAGUUUUUGGAUGAUGAAGCAAACAAAAAUUUACCAGUCAAAAAGAACACUUCCUGUUGCACUGGCUUGAAGAUGUUUCUCGCUGCUUUGUCAUUCAGCUACUUGAGUAAAAUGUUGGCUGGCACGAUUAUGAAAAGUUCCAUCACUCAGAUUGAGCGAAGGUUUGGCCUAACGUCAUCUACUGUUGGUUUCAUCGAUGGGAGCUUUGAGAUGGGUAACUUGCUGGUGAUUGCAUUUGUAAGCUACUUUGGAGCUAAAUUCCAUAGGCCCAAAGUAAUAGCUGCUGGAUGCUUUACUAUGGCUUUGGGUUGUUUUUUAUCAGCAAUGCCUCAUUUCUUCAUGGGAUAUUACAAGUAUGAGACAGCAUCACAAAGAGCUUCUUCAGCCAACUUAACUUCAAGCAUAAAUCCCUGUUCCCCACAUCAAGAUGUGCAUGAAUCCUUGUUGGAAGUCUCUCGAUCAGACUGUGAUAAGGAACCAUCAUCAAACAUGUGGAUAUAUAUCUUACUGGGAAACAUGUUACGUGGAAUUGGUGAGACACCAAUAGCACCAUUGGGCAUCUCUUAUCUUGAUGAUUUUGCUAAAGAAGAGGAUGUUCCUGUAUAUGUAGCAUGUUUGCACACAGUAGCCAUGUUGGGCCCAAUGUUUGGUUUCCUGUUGGGAUCUUUAUGUGCAAGACUGUAUGUGGAUAUUGGAUUUGUGGAUUUAGGAAGUAUCACUAUCACUCCACAGGAUUCCCGCUGGGUGGGUGCAUGGUGGCUUGGUUUUAUAAUAGGUGGUGUAGCCAGCUUGCUAUCCGCUAUUCCAUUUUGCUUUCUGCCAAAGAGUCUCAAAAAGCCAGAGGAAGCCAAUAAUGACAAAACUUCAUACAAUCUCUUGGAAAACAUGGGUGCCACAAGGAAGAAACCUACUCCUGCAAAACCUAAGCCAAGGAAGUGGUCAGAAACACUGAAAGAUUUCUAUACCUCCCUGAAAAAAGUACUGGGUAAUCGAAUGUACUUCACAUUUUUGUGUAGCUCACUGUUACAGUUCAAUAGCUUUAUUGGUUUCUUGACUUACAAACCAAAGUACAUGGAACAGCAGUAUGGACAAACCGCGUCUAAAUCUAACUUUCUAAUAGGACUGACAUCCUUACCUCCUGUAGGUAUUGGAAUUUUCCUAGGAGGGGUCAUAAUGAGAAAGUACAAAAUGGGCAUCAUUGCAGCAACUAAGUUUGCAAUUACCAUGUCAUUUUUGGCCUAUGUCAUCACUCUUUUGCACUUUUUUGUUGGUUGUGAGAACAAUGUUGUAGCAGGAAUGACAGUGUCCUAUGAAGGCAAAACCAUUCCGUACCAUGAAAAUGCCAUAUUUUCUGACUGCAACUCUGACUGCAAAUGUGCUUCCAAUGUGUGGGAUCCUGUAUGUGGAGACAACGGAUUAACAUAUGUUUCAGCAUGUCUGGCUGGGUGCACAACUUCUGUGGGACAUGGAAAGAAUACAGUCUUCCAUAACUGUAGCUGUCUUGAAGCCAGCAGUUCAUGGACAGGAAAUAGCUCUGCCAUCUUGGGACAAUGUCCAAAAAGUGAAGAUUGUUCAAGAAAUUUUAUUUAUUAUACAGUAAUACAAGUCAUAAGUGGCUUUUGUUAUGCAUUGGGAGGCACCCCAGCAUAUAUGAUAAUGUUUAGAUGUGUUCAGCCAGAGCUUAAAUCUCUAGCAGUUGGUCUAUACACGCUCAUUAUGAGAGUACUAGCUGGGAUUCCAGCCCCGGUUUAUUUCGGUGCACUGAUUGACAAAACAUGCUUAAAAUGGGGAAGCACAAGCUGUGGGCAGCGAGGGGCUUGCAGGCUUUAUGACUCCAAUGCAUACAGAUACGUCUACCUUGGUUUGUCAGCAGUGCUAAGAGGUCCUUCCUACUUGAUUUCAAUCUUAUUUUAUAUAUUGAUAAAGAAACACUAUCAAAAUAAGAACCUCAGGCCUGUAGAGAAUGGAGGAAGGGAAGAUGUUCCUAUGAAUAAAGAAGAUCAUUGCAAGAUCAAAGAACGUUUGCCAGGUUCUUCUGAUGCAGAGAAUGAAUCAUGCAUUUAGAAAGCCGUUUAGACCAGUGGCACAUGAAUCAGGACAUCUUCUUUUAGAAUCAACUUUUACAAUGGUAUUAAUAAGUAAAUAAUAAAUAAUGACAGCAUUCAGAAAGCAAAACUAACAGCAAACCUGUGAUCAACAACAAUAAAAACUAACAUACAAGUAUGGAAGUGCCUCACCUGUACCUGGUUACCAAUAACAGGUAGAACAACCUCCAUGAGCUGAACUAAAUUCUCAACACAUAAAGAAACUCUUCCCUUGGCAUUUCCAAUAGAGUUAGUCUGCAAUUUUUAGUGGGGUCAAAGAUGACUGCUGGUAGUACAGCCACACGACAAAGGCCCACAAAAUAUGAUACUGAUCCUGUAUAUAGAGCCACGUAAUCAAAACAAUUCAACCUUAUCUAAAUUUAGCAUUGCAACAAUUUCCUAUUGCAAAACCGACAAAAGCAGUUUUUCCAAGAAGCUUUUUAUCUUAGCUCAGGAGAAAAUUUUAUGCCUGCUUAAAACUACAAAGAGGUUGCCAUAAAGGAAAUAAUUGCUUUAAAAAUAAUUGUCAGAGUUGUGACAUCUUUAAAAAAAAAAUUAGUUAAGUGGUUAUGAAACACAGGACAUAUUCUGAAUUUUGUAAUGAUGUUUUCUAAGCAAAGCCCAUCCAAUGUAAUGUGGCGACUUUAUUGCUAUGCCAUGUGCUGUCCGGCAGAGGUCACUCAAACAAUAACAUUAUCCCCAUGGCCGCUGCAGCUGAUCAAUAUAUUGUCAGGUAAGCGUCUUUAUCAUUCUGAGAGAAGUUCAUCAUCAGGCGGGCAAAACACUCAUCUGUGUUUCAAUGCACCUUAUAACUUUCUCAGCUCGAGCCUUUAGCUCAUACGUCCAAUGCUGGUUUUGUGUAUGUGUUGGUUUGUGUUCAUCCUGUUCGAAUCACUUGGAAGUUUGGCAUUAAAUAAAACAAUAUUCACUUGCAUACUAAUUCA